CAUAUUUGCCCUGUAACCUAUAAAAUGUAUUCAAUAAGUUAAUAUAUUUAGUAUUGAAAUGUAGUAAACAAACAUUUUUAUUUAUUUGAAUUAUCCUUUUAUUAUGUAUUUCAUAUUUUAGUAAAUUUUUCAAAAGAAGCAAUUUCACAUUAAAGAAAACACCAAAUUUAAAAAAAGAUGUCUACAGAAAAGUUGUUUACCACUCAGAUUAAUGGAAAUCCAUCUAAAUUAAAGAUAUGUUGGUGUGAUAAUUAUUUUCAACUAACGAUUCUUGAAGCAGAUAGUGCCUGGACUGCUAUGAUCCCAAAAGAUAAGUUACCUGAAAUUGCUAUACAAUUAGACCAAGAUUGUGAAUCUUACAAUAAGGCUCUGUAUUCAUAUUUAUUUAAUCCUGAAGAUUCUACAAACAUUUCAUUUGCAGUACAGAAUAAAUCAUUUAUUAUUCAUAAACAGAUUGAGGGUGGGUUUCGAGUAAAAUUUUUUUAUACUCCAUUGGAAAAGAAGGAGUACCAUAACUGUGCUGAAGAACUUCUUGAUGAAUUAUUAACUAAAAACUCAUUCUAUGAAAAUCAAAUUUCUUCUUUGCAGCAACUUCUUGAAAAGGAAAUUAAAGAAAGAACUAGUAUUUCUGAAAAAUAUGAGGAAUUUCAAAAAGAUAUUGAAAAUAAGGAAAAAACACUUUACAGCUCUUUUGUUCUUUUAUUAAAUGAGAAAAAGAAAAGAAUUCAAUAUUUAACAGAAUUAUUGGACAGUAACAGAAACAGUGAUUUAUCGGUUAAUGAUAAUAAAGUUGUAAGUAAAAAGGAAAAAGAAAAUGAAGGUGAUAGUGACCUAGGUGACAACGUUAUAAGGAAAAAAAAGACUAAUUCUAAAAAAGAAACUAUUUCUGAUUCAGAAAGUAAUGAUUCUGCCCAAAACUCCUCCAAGGAAAGUGCUUAUGAUACUGAUGAAGAAAAAGAUAACAAGAUUAAAUCACUACACAAAUCCAGCAGCAUUCAUGAGCCAAGUUCAUCUAAAAAUGAUGUGGUAUCCCUUUUUCAGGAUUACUCUCAUACAGUUGUAUUACCUCCAAAGAGAAGAAAAAAUGGUAAUGAAGACACAACUGAUAUUGAAGAACAUAAUUCAUUUAAACUCAAUGUGUAUGAUGCAAAAACUCAGCCGUUUGAAGUAAAUCCUAUUAAAGAUGAAGAAGAGUCCCCAAUUGAAUUUGGUACACAAGAUAUAUUGGACAGAAUGUGAUAAAAAUAAUGUUAUUUGAUAUUUACUUUUACUUAUUUCUUAAUAAAUUUAAUUUU